AAUUUCGGCCAGUACCUAAGUUCAUCCGUAAAUAAACAUGCGAUAAUCUUAUCUGGUGCUUAUCUGCGGCAUGCGGCAGCCGGGGCGGUGGGGGGCGUUCCGUUACCCGCGACCAAGCCACAGCUGAUUUCACAUGUGUCUAACCGCGGAGCCGCGCGCCCGCUGUGCGUUUCUCUCGCGUGAAAAUGCCGGCAACUUAAUACUUCGAACAAUAAAGUUAUAAGUAAUUCCGAAAGUGAAUGUGCUAUCGAUACCUUUAUAUGGACCAUUGAUAGACCUUACAAGGAUACGGACGCAGUUGCUGCUGCUAUUUUGUAUUUAGCGGAUGGUGUCUCAAUGAGAUUGCUGAGCCAUGCGCAGCGACGUGGCUUACCGCGGGCUCUCGCAGCACGUGGAGUUGGACCGGGCCGCCGACCCUCGCGACCGGUUCACUCUGCAGGAGCUCAUCGGAGAGGGCACGUAUGGAGAGGUCUACUGCGCCAGAGAUAAGAAGUCAGGCAGACGCGUCGCCGUUAAGAUAUUAGAAAAUAUCACAGAAAACAUUGAAGAAAUAGAAGAAGAAUUCCUCGUGUUUCGUGACUUGUCCGGACAUCGCAACAUCCCUGAAUUUUUCGGUCUGUUCUUAAAACGCGGCGCGUGUUCGGAUGACGACCAAAUAUGGUUCGUCAUGGAGCUCUGUACUGGUGGUUCGGUGACUGAUUUAUGCGCGGGAAUGCGGGCUCGCGGGAGCAAUCUCACCGAACCACAACUCGCGUACGUGUUGCGGGGAACCGUCCGGGCCUUGACACAUCUCCACGCACACCGAUGUAUGCACCGUGACGUCAAAGGGCAUAACAUUCUCCUCACCGAAGAUGCUGAAGUCAAACUGGUAGAUUUCGGAGUAUCGUCACACCUGGCUGCAACAGCCGCUAGAAGAAAUACAUCAGUCGGCACGCCCUACUGGAUGGCGCCAGAGGUCAUAGCGUGUGAACAACAACUGGACGAAUCUUACGACUGCCGCUGCGAUGUGUGGUCAGUAGGCAUAACGGCCAUAGAAUUGGCUGAAGGUGAACCUCCACUGUCAGGGCUACACCCUAUGAGGGCACUAUUUCAAAUACCUCGGAACCCACCGCCAUCUUUGUCACACCCUGAAAUGUUUUCACCGCAAUUAGUGGACUUUAUUGCGGACUGUUUAAUUAAAGACAUGAAUCAAAGACCAUUUGCGAGAGAACUUUUGGAACAUCCUCUACUACUCGCAGUCAGUAGCUUUGAGGAUAAGAUCCGUAAAGAGCUUCAAGCGGAAAUAAAACGACAGAGGGCCGAGGGGAGAGGCUCUCGCGCGCCUGAGGCUACGACUAAGAGAGGCAAACUCAAAUCGCAUCGAAAAGCACGACCUGAGAAAAUGUACACAGAUGACCUGGCGACAUUAGAAGUGUUGACUGAAGACGCCAUCGUAGAACAACUUCAGAAGAGAUACACACAGAACCAGAUAUACACUUAUAUAGGAGAUAUACUAGUCGCUGUGAACCCAUUCACCGACGUGGGAAUAUACACCACAAAGACUCAACAGAUAUACCAGGGUCGGUGCCGGUCGGACAACCCGCCGCAUAUCUACGCGGUAGCGGACGCGGCGCAUCAGGCUCUCAUGCAUCAGAAGCUGCAUCAGGCGAUUGUUAUAUCAGGGGAAAGUGGAGCAGGGAAGACAGAGUCUGCGAAUCUGUUGCUCAAGCAACUUGUGUUUUUGUCAAAGACUCAAAACCGCAACUUAGAAGAAAAGAUCCUACAAGUGAAUCCUAUCAUGGAAGCCUUCGGCAAUGCUCGUACUGGCAUCAACGCAAACAGCUCUCGUUUCGGCAAAUACCUAGAUUUGUCUAUGAUGAGAGUUGGGCGAAUAUCUGGUGCUCGAAUAUCAGUGUAUCUACUGGAACAGUCUAGAGUUGUACACCAAGCAUUGGGUGAGAGUAAUUUCCACGUGUUCUACUACCUGUACGACGGGCUGGAGAGCGAGGGUCGCUGGAGGAAGUUCUACCUGGACGAGCACCUCAAGUCCCGGCACCGCUAUCUGCAGCCGCUGUCCGUCGCGCACAGGGAACACAAUGUGCAUCGCUGGAGACAACUCAACCAGGCAUUCAAGGUGGUCGGUUUCCAAGAGGAAGAGGUUCUAGUGCUGUACAAGAUGUUGGCAGCUAUAUUACACCUCGGUGACAUAGAGUUCGGUGAAACAGCGGGCGAAGACAAUACGGACAACAAGGCAACGAUCAUCGACACCGCGCCGCUGCACAGAGCGUCAUGCCUGCUGGGCGUGGAGACGCAGGAGCUGCGCGAGUGCCUGACGAGCAGCAGCGUGGUGGCGCGCGGCGAGACGAUCGCGCGGCGCAGCUCGCCGGGCGAGGCGGGCGUGGCGCGCGACGCCACCGCGCGCGGCCUCUACGCGCGCGCCUUCGACCGCAUCGUCGAGAGGAUCAACGCGCUGCUCUGCCAGAAUAGGCCGACUGUAAACGAACAACUCUCCAUCGGCAUACUCGACAUCUUCGGUUUCGAGAACUUCAACAACAACUCGUUCGAGCAGCUAUGCAUCAACAUCGCUAACGAACAGAUCCAGUACUACUUCAACCAACACAUAUUCACCUGGGAGCAGCAGGAGUACAUGGCUGAAGGAGUUCCAGUGGAUCUGGUGGAGUUCUCUGAUAACAGACCAGUGUUGGACAUGUUGCUGUCGAGGCCGAUGGGGAUGCUGGCGUUGUUAGAUGAGGAGAGUCGAUUCCCGAGAGCCACUGAUAGAAGUCUCAUUGAAAAGUUCCACAGUAACAUCAAAAGCAAAUACUACGUCCGUCCAAAGUCUGACGCUAUUUGCUUCGCCGUCCAUCACUUCGCGGGUCGCGUGGUCUACCAAGCUGAUGGCUUCUUAGAGAAGAACCGCAACUUCCUCCCACCUGAAGUAGUUCAGCUGAUGAGACAGAGUCAGUACGACAUCAUCAGGUUCCUGUUCCAAUGUCCUAUUACUAAGACUGGCAACUUGUAUUCGCCAUUACAAGGAGAUAUGGAUUCUAGGAGCCUGGAGAGUCCGACAUCUAGUGAAGUUAGGGAGCGCUUCAACAGUCGAGGACUAGCAUCGCAGUCACGAGCUCAGCAGACGGUGUCGACGUACUUCAGGUACUCGCUGAUGGAGCUGCUGCAGAAGAUGGUGAGCGGCACCCCUCAGUUCGUGCGCUGCCUCAAGCCCAACGACUCGCGUUCCCCCAAACACUUCGACUCCGCCAAGAUAUUGAAACAACUCCGCUACACCGGAGUCUUGGAGACAAUUAGGAUAAGGCAAACUGGAUUUUCCCACCGACUUUCGUUUGAAGAGUUCUUGAAGAGGUACGGUUUCCUGGCAUUCAGUUAUGACGAGGAAGUGAAGCCCAACCGUGACACUAGCAGGCUCUUGUUAUUAAGGCUGAAGAUGGACGGCUGGGCCCUCGGCAAAUCCAAGGUGUUCCUUAAAUACUACCACGUCGAAGUUCUGGCGAGAAUUUAUGAAGAACAGAUAAGAAAAGUAGUGUUAGUCCAAGCCUGCGUCCGCGGCUGGCUAGCGAGACGACACUACCAGCGGCUGAAGGCGCAGAUGGCCAUCUCAGUGCUAACGCUACAGAAGCACGUGCGCGGCUGGCUGACUCGCAAGCGUUUGCAGGAGAGACAGAGACAGCUGGCCAGGGAGUUCCAGCUCGAGCAGGACAGCAAGAGGAAACAACAUAAGUCCGGUGUCCCAAACAAGAAUAAAGCUUUGAUGAAGGCAAAGGUUUUGAGACGAAUGACGUCAGAUGACAGCGACACCAAUGAAACUAUGUCGGGAAAUAAGGAGAACAUUGAUACUAACAAAGCAGCUGUUGUUAUACAAAGUCACUUCCGCGGCUACACGGCGCGUCGCAAGUGGGCAGCAGGCCGGGCACCGCCGCCGCCGACGCACGCGGCGCCGGCCGCUCCGCAGCGCCUCAUGCAGCACUACUCCGUGCAGGAGCGAGCUGACCAGCUGCAUGCCUUUGCGGACCAGGUCCACGAUAAGAACCAAGAAGUACACAAGAACCUCCGGCGCAACAAGCCCGGGGUGCGGCUGGCGGAGGUGCAGCGCGCGGACGAGUACCGGCAGCCGCCCGGCUUCACGCUCGUGCCCGCCAUCCUGCGCGGACAGCCCACGCAGCUCGAGCGCGACGCCAGCAGGCUGUCCAGAUACCAGCACACAAGCAACGGUCACAUGUACCAGGACGACAGACAUCUGCAGGCAAACAACUGGCAGAACCUGCCGUGCAGCCGGCAGUGCGGCGGACUAGUCAGCAAUAAAAUCAACGAGCUAGUAAGAAAAUCUCAAAAAUCGGAGCCUCCUCCGCGCCUCGCAUACAACCCCACCUACGACCCCGAGUCUGAUUUGCGCAAGAUACUGCGGAACUCGCCCGAAAUACUUGCGACCCCAGUCUUCAGCUCAGACGACGACUACACGGAGGGUCCCUUUAGGUUCAAACAGUUAUUGAGACCCACGCUAGGUCCCACUGAGAGCCUUCGCAAGCGGAAGGUCCGAAAUUCGUCGGGACAAAGCCCCUGGAUGUCGGACAGUUCACAAGACAGUACCAGCUCCAAGCAAGCCUUGUGCAAACGUCGUCCGCAGAUCAGUAUGGGCGUCUACUACAAUUGAUAAGCUAACUAGCGGGAACUUGGAAAGUUAGGAGCAAGCGAGUUCCACCUCUACCUCCUAGAGAUAAGGUGUUCUCAAUUUCCCAGUAGUUUGACUGCUACAGUCAGGAAAGUUUCGCAAAGCUUGUUGAAAACAUAUUGUAUUAGAUAGUUGGGCAUCACAGUUGAUGUCCAGAGUUUCUCUAACACUAAGAUAUUAGACAAUGAAAGCGUGAAUAACGUUCCUGCACGAUUUCAAGCUUUCCUCGACACGUUCCUCAGACUUCCUCCUUAGUUGUAAAGAUCGAAUAUUAAAACUCGAGGUAACUACACAGUUGCCGGCUAUUUUGAACAAUACUGAUUGUGCUUGCCUCACAGCCAUAAUUUAGUAGGUAAUAUUUAAGAGCACGUAAAAUUAAUGUAACUCAUAAACUUAAAUGAUUGGAAUUUUGUAACCGUUGCCGUCCUAAAUAUUAUUUUGCUAUUUAUACUGUUCAUAUUUCAUGUUGCAGUGUAUUGCAUGUAGAAUUUACAUAAUUUCAAACCGUGUAAAAUAAUUCGUAUGAACUUCAAUUGUGUUCCUGUUGAAAUAUUAAACUUGCAAUGUGUUGUUUGUUAUAAAUUAUUUAUUAUUUAGUAACAUCUUGUAUAUUAAAUUACACCUACUUGGCGUAUUUUGUCUCAUCUUCUUAAAAAUCAGAAGCCAGAUUGAAAUAAAAGAAAUUAUUUACUAUGUGUUGUAAUAAACUAAAACUAAGCAUUGUACUAUAAUGUAAGAAAUCUUCUUUUAAAUUAUCUAUUCUUCAAUCUUCACGCAAUUACCAAAGCCUUAAAGAUAUUUUUAGUCCAUAAGUUAUAAUUUUGCUAUAUCUUUAGUAAAUAUUUAAUUUCAGUAAAAAUGAAAGUUCGAAUAAUCUGAAUUGUCUUCUAAUAUUUAUCAGUAUUAAUACAUAUAUCUUAUUAUCUACUAUUAAUAUCGAAAGUAGGAUCUCACCGGAAAAGUGAUUUUGUUUCAAAAUGACUUAUUAUUGCCAUCACAGUUACAGAGAGUAAAACUAUUGAUUGUUAUCAUAAGUACCUACGUAUGUAAAAAUUAUAGAUAAAUCAUUGACAACCUUUGUGAUAAUGUGCCAAUGAUUAAUAAUAAGUUAAUUAAUGUUCUGUUCGGGUGGUCAACGAUAUGAAAAUAAAGUUUGUGCAUCAAUAAAA